AUGGGUUCUGUCGUUCCGCAAAGCGAUACCGCUUCUACCACAAUUCCCCAGGUUCAGACACACUUAACCCUCGCGGGCAAGAUCAUUGCAGUAACUGGUGCGAAUCGUGGCAUUGGUUUAGGAAUUGCCGAGUGCUGUCUCGACAAUGGGGCCGCAAAGGUGUUUUCGAUAGAUCUCGCCGACCCUGGGGAAGAGUUUGCAGCAGUCUCAGAAAGGUACCCAGGCCGGCUUGCAGCAAUCACCGCCAACGUGACGCAAGAAGAAAGCAUCACAGCCGCCGUCGACAAAAUAAUCGAGCAGGACGGCGCACUCCACGGCAUGGUGGUAAACGCCGGUCGCACAAACCACAAGGCCGCUCUAGACUUUACUAAGGAGGAUGUUGAAAACUUGUUUGCCGUCAACCUUUUCGGGGCUUUCUACACUGCUCGUGCUGCUGCUAGGGCCUUUAUUAAACUGAACAUUAAAGGCUCCGUGGUAUUUACAGCCUCAAUGGCUUCAUACCGACCCAACAAGCGUGUUCCGUCCGCCCCCUAUGGAGCAUCCAAAGCUGGAGUGCGCAACAUGACUCAUACGUUGGCCAUGGAAUGGGCAAAGUAUGGUAUCCGUGUCAACUCGGUGUCUCCUGGUCUCGUCAGGACCGCCAUGACCUACUGGGUUCCACAGCAACCCGACUGGGAGCAACAGCUCAAGUAUUAUGGGGGAUUCCCACGGCUUGCCGAGGUGCAAGAGCUCGGGGGUGCAUAUGUCUACUUGCUGAGUGAUGCGGCGAGCUAUACCACCUCGAUUGACAUACCUGUCAACGGUUUUGCUGAGAAGCGCAAAAUUGACACCUUUUUGGCCCAGAGACUGAAAUGUCGUCCUGUCAUUGAGGAAGAUGAGUUGGAGUUUAUUCGGUAG